AUGGCUAAAAGCAUGAUAAUACUAUAGAUAGCUGGCAUUGCAGUAUGUGCCUUCUCUAGCAUUGUUAAAAAUGAAGCAAUCUUAGAUAGCAACGAUGAUUUUCCCAAUUUUGGUCUUAUUCCUUUUUAUGUGACAUUAAGCUUUGGAGUAAUUUUGCUACUGACUGGAAUAUAUGCAUUAUUUACCUCCUACAAAUUCAGCAGAGUUAUGAGAAUCAUUCUUGGAUUUUUGAGUUUCAACUUAUUCAUCGCCUUCAUAGUAAUUGGAUCAUUGCUAUUCUCAGAGUAUAAUAGAGGCUUAAGAAUAAUGGAUUCUUAGUGCAGAAGAGUUGAGAUGAAAGAGUAUGAUGAAAAUCCAAAAAUGCAAAAUCUGAUACUGUUUACUGGACUGUACGACAUUGUUCUAAUGAAUCUAUCAAAUCAAUACAUGUGCACGAAGAUUUGUCCAUGUAAAGGUGUAGAUCACUCUAAUCUUUGGAGUGAAUAAUAAUUGAAUUCAGUAGGAAGGACUAAAUAUUAAUUGAGAAAUCAAAAUUAAGCUAUUACCAACAAUUAUGUGCCACUAUUAUUUAAUGAUAGUAGAGGCUACUCUAAUUUUUAUGACUGCUACGAAUAAGAAUUGAUGACGGGUGAUAAUAAGUAAACCUAAAUAGCUCCAUUCCCCUAAAGUAUUCUCAGAACUAUUAAAAGGCUAGAAAACUCCUUUGAGUGCAAUAACUAUUGUGAAUAAAGCCUUUUCUAUAUGUUUAAGGAUAUUACUGAAGGACCCCCUAAGAGUAGCUGCUACACUCCAAUCAAGCAAAUGCUAAAAAGAUUACUAGAGAAUGGUGGAAUUAUUAGCAUUUUCGCUUCAAUCUCAUUAUUCUUCUUGCUUUUAGGUUUGAUCUGUAAUUGUAGAUAUAAGAGCAUUAAGGACUAUGAGUAUUAGUUGAACUAAAAUUCAAAUAGAGAAAUUUUAGGGCAUUCAUUUGGAGAAAAUAAAGUUGAUGACUCAAAUGACAUUGGAAAUAAAAGGUAAUAAACUAAUGAGAGUCUUCAUCAAAAACUUAGCGAUAUUGGAGGGAAAAAUAUAAAUGUGAUUGAAGAUGGCCAAGACUAGAUCGAAUAUGUGCUUACAAAUAGCAAUGAUUCAAAUAGAGAUAGUCCAAUGAAGUCAUAAAAUUAGAAGGAAGAAAUAGAUUAUAAUGAUAGUUAAAUAUGA